AGAGAGGGGGGCAGAGAGAGGGGAGCUCGCCAAUGCUGGUUAGGGUUUCGCCUCUCGCCUCAUCUUCCGUCUAGGGAUUCGACUCUGAUUUCAGAAGCUGCUACUCCACCCACCCGUGGAACGCGCGCGGGUUCUCCGGCGCUUGGGGAGAAGCCGGGCCAGGGCCAGGAGCCCAGGACCGAGGCGUCACAUUGCAACGCGCCGUUCACGAUCAUGGAGCUUGCCACACUGUACGAGCGUUCACAGGGUUCACAAGAGUGGGAUAACAUGGGAUCAGGUCACGUGACAAUUGAGCAAAUAGAGGGAUCCGGAGAAAUUGUACUGUCCGUUGUGGAUGAAGAUGAUAAUGACACCCUACUGCUGUGUCAAAACAUCACUCCUAAUGAUAUCUUCACGAACGAAGAAGUAAUCAUCAAAUGGAGGGAUUCUGGAAAGGCACUCGACUUAGCUCUUAGCUUUCAUAAAGCUGAAGGAUGCUUGUACAUAUGGGAGAAGCUGCAUAAUUUACGGGAAGACCUACAAUCUAAGAUGUUUCACCCGAAGAAAUCCACAGAAGCUGGACAACUGAAUAUCAUUCAGGCCUCCAAGUAUCAAAAGUUCGUGGAUAGUUCUGACAAAAGAGAAAUUACUAGUAUGGGUCACACUCACAUGAGAAAGAAAGCAGAUGAAAGAGGUCUUGAUAUGGAAGAGGAAGAAAAUUCCAAUACAGACAGGUCCACAGACUUUGUCGAUCAAUUGGAGCAAAGCCAAGUUGCAAAUGCUACUGAGCUGAAGAAGAAUAUGAUUCCCGAGGCUGCAGCUGAUGGGGCAGCAGGUGGAAGUACUGCUGACCAGACAGCAACCCACGGAUCUACACUUGUUACCAAGCAAGUUCCCGAACAAUCUUACGAGGAGGUAGAGAAGCUGGUAAAAGUUUAUCUCCUCAGUGCUGCAUCGAAGGAGCGUAAUGAAGACCCUGCUGGAGCUCGUGCUGAUUAUCAGUUUCUGCAUUCGAAAUUGUGUCCUGGCCUGUUAGAAGCGAUCGUAAAACAUUCAUACUUCGAGCACCGUAUGGGCAAUGAACACUUGGCUUGCAUUGUCUAUGAGAAGGCUAUUGAGGCCGAAAAAGAAAAAGAGCACAGCAAACUUCUUCCAUUGUUGCUGAUACAGUACUCCCGUUUCUGUUAUACGGCCCUGCACAACCCAGUUAAAGCAAGGGGGGUCUUAGAUGGAUUAUAUGGUCUAUCUAGUAUCACAAAAACAAGUUUGCAGGAUGUCAUCUCGCUGGUGUCGAUUUGUCCAUUUGAAAAAACUAAUGGGUCUUUAUUAGAUUCGUUAGUUUCAGAUUUUCUUAAAUCUGGACCAGCUGAAGCAGAGUUAACUAGUGAAAGCGACAAAGAAGAAAUAUCAUCCAUGCUUAUAGAGUUUUUCUAUAAAUAUGGGGACACAGAAUCCAUCAAAAUAGCCUCAGAGCGCCAUAAGUCUCUUUUUUCUAGCAAGAGAUCAAAAAUUCUGCCAUCGGUGAAGCUAGCACGUAGGAAGCGGAAGGCACAUGAUAGUGUUAUUUCAAAUCGUGAAAAGGUGGCUAAAACUGGGGAUGGCUUCGAGUCUGUCAUUGGAAGUGAUCCAGUUGCUCCUGGUCAAACUGAGCAGGGGUACGCUCAGCAAAUGCGAUCACCAGGGUUGGCAGGUACACAAGCAAAUUACCUUCAGCAAUCUUGGGCAGCAACAUGGGUGGAAUCCCCAGCUGCAUAUUCCCUGGUUAGCACACAACAAUUACAUCCGCAGCAGCCUUCGGCAGAAAGAGGGGUUCAGUACCCACAUCAGCCCAUGACAGGAACAGGGGUAACUGCUACGGCAGAAAGAGGGGUUCAGUACCCACAUCAGCCCAUGACAGGAACAGGGGUAACUGCUACAGGAGCAACCAACGAACCUUAUGCCUACACACCUGCUCAGGGGUACACACAGCAAAUGCAAUCAGCAGGGUUGGCAGGUACACAAGCAAAUUACCCUCAGCAACCUAGGGCAUUAACAUGGGUGGAAUCCCCAGCUGCAUAUUCCCUGGUUAGCACAGAACCAUUACAUCCGCAGCAGCCUUCGGCAGAAAGAGGGGUUCAGUACCCAUAUCAGCCCAUGACAGGAACAUGGGUAACUGCUACAGGAGCAACUCACGGGCAGCAGCCUCUGACAGGAACAAGGAUGGCUGCCCCACGGGCAAAUUAUCCGCAGCAUUCAGUACCUUAUCACCAGAGGCCGGAUCAGGUUAGUCAGGUUAGUCAUCUGGGGCAGCCCUAUGGAGAUCCUCGCUACAACCCUUAUCCUACUGGGCGCCCACCUGGAUACCGCCCCUCACAGUACUAUGGUAGAUCGAGUUGGUGAUCUACUACUAUUAAGUUGUACCAAACUAAGCAUAAUCCGAUGAUGAAUCAUGUGCUUAUCAUUGUACGAAUUUAUAGUAAUAGUACAAGUAAGUUAGUAAAAAUGUAAUCUUAGUAGAGGUGAUUAUUGCCUGUUAUAGGUAUCACGACAAUUCUACUACCUCUGUUCCGUGAAAG